AUGUAUUCACAUCUUGAGUAUGGUGGCAGCGCGGUAACAGCAGCCCACUGCAAAGCCCAGGAAGACCUAGCAAUCGUUGAUCGCAUUCUAGAGCCCCAAACGAUAGCCAACUUUCUAAGUUUCGCCCUCGGCAACCCACUCCCAGAUGGCACUCAACCCGACGCAUCCGUAGUCCGCCUCUCAGUCGACGAAUACCCCAUCCUGGAAGCAAACUUCCCACCCGGCUCAAGCGGGGAAUCCAUCGCCCACCGCGUCGCAUCCCGCAUUGGCUCCGAAGAAGACAAUGGCCGCCUCUGCCUGGUCGGCAAGAACAUCCAUUCCCUGAAAUCCCGUCUGUGGGAGGGCAUAGUCCCGCUCAGCGAUCAACGCUGGAAAGAAAAGCGCCUCGACGACCCAAGCAACUUCGAAUAUGCAAUCCACCACCUGACAGCCGUGGUCGCCGUCUUCGAGUACCUAAAUACACCAAUCGUCCGCGGGUACCUCCGCGACACCUUCAACUACAUCUACGACCACUGGGCAAGCGCAGAUACGGUGCUCAACGCGCGCAGGCUGGCCAAUGGCCAGUUCCAGCGUGUGAGCAUCGCGAAAUUAUGGACGAUGUAUAUGUCCGUUCAUUUUGAGGUCAUGGCGCAGCGCGCGCAUGGGUGGGUUAGCAGACAUAUUGAGGCGCUCCGGGCACCGCAGUUGCAGGGUUUACGGGAUCACCAAACCGUGCUUUCGGUGGGCGGGCCGGAUCGGCUGCAGUGGAGGUUUACGGAUCAUUUGCAUGUGCUGCUGGAGACGGCGGUUAAGGCCGAUUACUUGGUUAUGAUUCCUAUGGGUGGGUAUAAGGGGUAUGCGGCGCUUUAUCCGGAGCGGGCUGCGAAGUCGGGUGAUCUGCAUACUGGGGACGCUCAACGGCGAGGGCAGGCGUAUGCGGCGAAGGUGAAGGCGCGGAGUCAUCAGAUCAUGUUCGAUAGUAUGAUGCCGUGGAAUGAUGAUGGGAAUGGGCGGGGGCAGACCUCUGGGGAGGGAUUUCGACAGUCGGGUAUGCAGCAGGUUCAGGCUCAGGAAGAGGUUAGGGAGGAGAUGAGGGGGGCGCCUGGGCCUUUGCCAAGGGAGCCUUGGAUGAGUUCGGCUCUUUCGGGUGUGGAGAAUUCUAAGGGUGAUAAAAAGACUGAGUUUGGGUUGACAAUCUAUCGGUUAACCUAUGGGCAGUCGGAGGCUCAAUGGACGGAUUUUGUCCAGAAGUUUGAGGCGCAUGCUUCCGACUUGGGAGAUGGACAGACGGGCUGUCAUAUGCUCAAGCCUCAUUUGAAGCUGGUAUGGGUUGACGGAAAGGAGCAUGGUAUUGCAGAAGGCGAUAUCGAAGCCGCCAAACGCCACUUCAACAAGGAAAAUGAGGACAGUUCUGAGAAUGAAGGUCUACGCAUACAAGAGAACGUCUUCCUUGCUGUGGAUUCCGCCUCAUUCGAUUCCUAUACCACCAACUCCUACCGAGCCGCGACAACCCUAGUUCUGGCCGGUGACUUCAAAGGUUUCGUCCUUGCCAUUGACCCAGACUUCGACCCAGAAGAGGGCAUCGAACGACCCGACGAAUCUCCUGGCUAUACCGGCCAGAUGCGGAUUCUAGGAAGUCUCAUCUGGGGUGAUCUCUUUGGUAUUAUCAGAUCCCAGUCGGCACUACUAGAAGACCUCUGGCCCCUGGCAAUCGACCACCCGAACCAGGUAUAUGUCGGACCAACUACCCCACUCCAGGUCUACACAUGGAGAAAACAGAAUGCAGCGCGCUGGAUUGGCCUACGAGAGGUGAUAGAGUAUGCAAAGCGCAAGAUGGGAAUGAGUACAUCUUCAUCAUCCGGAUCUGCAGGUGCAGAUACGCCUUUAUCGACAACUGCCUCGACGGAAACGCCGCAGCCAGUAUCAGAACCAGAACAAGCGCGAGGCUUCACUCCUCACUCGGGCCCAGAGCUAGAUCCUGCUACCCAUCAGAGAAUCCGCCAAGCUAUGCUUCAGGACUUCCAAAUUUAUUUGCGCCAGCAAGGUGCAGAUCGCGAGGCGAGUGUUGUGGGGGAAAUGUUAAAUUAUCCGCCCGGGCAGGAGAUAGAUUUUGCUCAGCUCGGGCAGCGAUUUAGAAAUAAUAUGGAGGCACGACGACGACAACAGCAGCAGCAACAACAACAGGAAGGGGAAGGGGAUAAUGGGGGGGAUCGGGAUGCUGAGAACGAGACAGACGAUGUACCACCGCCGGGGUGUCCAACACAGUGA